AUGCCUCGCAUCCUGCAUCUGCCGUUGCUCCGCAGCAGCAGCAAGGAGGAGCGCGGCGCUCCGCUAGAACGCCCAAAGACCGCCGCGGUCCUUCCUUCCGCCAUCCCCGCGUGUUCUUCCGUCGGCCCCGCGCCGAGUCACUCGUCCCUCCUCGAGCGCAAGACGUCGCUCCCCUCAUUCCUCCCGCGCAAGUCUUCUGUGGAACAGGCGCGCAAAUCCCCCUCGGAACAGCGCCCCGCAGAGCAGCGCCCGCUCCGCGAGGGUCCCCCGGCGCUGCGUCCCAAGUCCCCGCAUCACCUGGAGUGGGUGCGCCAACUGUCGCUCUGGCAGGGCGCGCAGGCGCAGCAGGGGGAAGCGCAAGCACAAGCGCACGGCGACGCGCAAGGAUGGCCCGCGGCGCAGGAGGCGGAAGUUCCUCGGAACGGACAGUUGAAGGCGUCGCAGGGGAAGGCACGCGGCGAAGCGCAGGGAUCGGCGCAAGAUGCACGGAAAGGGGGAGCGCGCAAGGACGAUGCGCGGAAGGGGCACGUGUCUCGGCGGAGGCAGUUUGUGCAGCGGAUAACGAGCCGGAGCGCGGAUGCUAACUGUCUCCCUGAGGCGCCAAUUCAAGACGUGUGGGAGGCGGCGGAAGCAGGAAGACUAGCUAAGUGGGUGGAUAAGAUGGACAGUGGCGAUGGUAAGGGGAUAGAAUUGGACGGUCGGGAUGCGCUGCAGCAGAAUGGGUUUGGUGCGGGGGCGGCGGGGCAGUCGCAUCAGGCGCAUCAGUCUGCUGGUACUGUCCCCGAUAGUGGCGUCUCCGUUAGUAGCUCAGGAUCGACAACCAACUACGACGUUACGGAUACCGCCGUCAGUGCGACGCCUGAGAGCCGAAUUACUGAGACAAGCGAAUAUGCUUCAAACGGAUCUGCUACAAACGCGGUCGCUCGGGGAGCGUGCGGCGGCGGCGCCGCCGCUGGCGUUGCGGCGGUUGUAGUACCCAGGAGUGAAAGCGCGGCCGCCGCUGUAGUAGCUAACGACGCUACAGCUGCGGCGGCUGUAGCGCGGAGUUCUAGCAGCAGCGCGCCGCGCUACAGCCGGUCGGGGGGCCAUCGGCGGAGGUUCGUGCGCGCGGCUACCGCCAGCAGCGCGUCUAUGGAGCUGCGCGGAUGGGACAGGGGGAGCGGGGAGGGGGACGGGGGAGGGGAAUGGGAAGGGGAAGGGGAAGGGGAAGGGGAAGCGGAAGCAACGGGGCGAUUAGAGGAGGGGAGGGAGAGGGGAGCAGAGGGGGAAGCAGAGGGGGAAAUGGCAACAGUCAAGGCUGCGUUUCAGGCUCGGAGGUCCCAAACCUUGUCCGGACGAGUUGUGCUUUCCUCCCCGAGCCCACCUGGUAGCUUCGACAGCACGUUUGGCAGCACCUUUUCCCGAACCGAAUCUUAUGGCAGCGACUGUAGCAGUGUGACUGUAGGGGGAGGGGGAGGGAGAGGAGGGAGAGGGGAGGCCGGGAGAGAAAGGGGAAGGGAGCACAGAUGGCGGGCUGAAGCUCAGAUUGUCUCUGGUGCUGACGUGGCUGCUGACCUGGCAGCUGCUGAGCUGGCAGCAUCAGCAGCAGGUGACACGUCAGCCGCAUCCGACUCGUCACCAGCAGACGCAGUAGCAGCAGGGAUAGUCGUUUCCGCGUUGUUCACCCGAAGGUCCCACACCAUGCGGAACCGCAUGGUACCGCUCACCACCAUGGCGGUUACCACCCCAAGAGCCCCCGGCACUGCUGCUGCUGUGGCCACUCCGGGGCGGAAGGGGGGCAGGGGGAAGGGGAGGCGGGGGGGCCGUCCGCCUACUCCGUCUGUAGGGGCCGCGGCUGUGGUUAGUCCGGGGGGAGGGGGAGGCGGAGGGGGAGGGGGAGGGGGAAGGAGAAGGGGAGGGGGAGGUGGGGGAGCCAGUCCGGGAGCAGCAGGGGGAGGUAAUGGAGUGGUGAGUCCAGGGGGAGGUAGAUCUGAUGCUGGUGCAGGGAUAAGCCCAGGGGGAGGUAGAUCUGAUGCAGGUGCAGGGGCAAGCCCAGGGGGAGGUAGAUCCAGUACGAGUGCUGCACGGGUCAGCCCAGGGGGAGGUAGAUCUGGUGCAGGUAGUUUCAAAAGACGGCCUGGUGGAGUGGUGAGCCCAGGAGGAGGCGAAACGCAGGAGGAGCUAUCCUUCGAGACGAGAGAUCCAGAGGUGCUGACUCAGCAGGUGCCGAUUCAGCAUGUGCUGAGUCAGCAGGUGCUGACUCAGCAUCCACCAGAGGUGCUGUUUAUCGAACCGCCUGCGCCACGGUCGCAGGUGGUCUUCAUGGGGAGGGCGGCGGAACGCGGGCAGGUGCUAUCUGGGGGAGGCGCAACUGGAAGGGCGCAGGUGCUAUCUCUAGAAGUGCCCUCCCCAAGUCCUUCGCCUGGUCCCAGCUGUGGGAUGGAUUGGGAGGGGAUAGAGAUUGGCGAGGAGGGGGAGGAGGAGAUUGGGGAGGAGGAGAUUGGGGAGGAGGAGGUAAUGUUUUUGAAGGGAGGGGAGGAGGACGAGGGGGAAUAUCAGCAGGGAUUGAGAUGGGAAAGAAGAGGGUUUGAUGAGGAGGGGUGGGUUGGCGAAGAGGGAGGGGAUGGGGAAGGGGAGAGGGGGUGGAGGGGGGAAGGGUGGGAGGGAUGGAGAGGGGAGAGGGGGAUGGGCAGAGGAGAGGAAGGAGAGGAAGGAGAGGAAGAUGAGGGUGAAGAUGAAGUGGGGGAGGAGGGAGAGGAGGAGGACGAGGCGGAGUUUUGUUCGCCUACGUGGCGCGAGUGGCAUCACUCGGCGUUUAUUGAGGAGGGGGGGAUGAUGGGGGAGACGAUGGGAGAGAUGAUGGGGGAGACGAUGGGGGGGAUGAUGGAGGAGAAGAUGGGGGAGGUGGCGGAAGGCAGGGGGGUGGGGGAAGGCAUGGAGGAGGGCGAUGGAGGGGGGUCAAGGGAGGAUGCGAGGGAUGGUAAUGGCGCAAGAGAUUGCGGCGGCAGCAGCAGCGCUUGGCAGACAAGAGGGCACGAGGGCGCAUAUGUUGACGACGAGGAACAUUUAAUUUCCAUGUGGAUGAACGGUGGUGGUGGUUCCUGGGACAUUUUAAAAGCCUCAGGAGGAUGUGCAUGGGUGGUGGCGGUGGCGGUGGCGGUGGCGGUGGCGGUGGCGGUGGCGGUGGCGGUGGCGGUGGCGGUGGCGGUGGCGGUGGCGGUGGCGGUGGCGGUGGCGGUGGCGGUGGCGGUGGCGGUGGCGGUGGCGGUGGCGGUGGCGGUGGCGGUGGCGGUGGCGGUGGCGGUGGCGGUGGCGGUGGCGGUGGCGGUGGCGGUGGCGGUGGCGGUGGCGGUGGCGGUGGCGGUGGCGGUGGCGGUGGCGGUGGCGGUGGCGGUGGCGGUGGCGGUGGCGGUGGCGGUGGCGGUGGCGGUGGCGGUGGCGGUGGCGGUGGCGGUGGCGGUGGCGGUGGCGGUGGCGGUGGCGGUGGCGGUGGCGGUGGCGGUGGCGGUGGCGGUGGCGGUGGCGGUGGCGGUGGCGGUGGCGGUGGCGGUGGCGGUGGCGGUGGCGGUGGCGGUGGCGGUGGCGGUGGCGGUGGCGGUGGCGGUGGCGGUGGCGGUGGCGGUGGUGGUGGUGGUGGUGGUGGUGGUGGUGGUGGUGGUGGUGGUGGUGGUGGUGGUGGUGGUGGUGGUUAUCGCCCCCUAUCCGCUUGAGAAAGCAGCGGCUCCCCCCAUCCCUCACCCCCUUUUUCCCUUUCCUCCCCCUGUUAACCCUCUUCACCUCUCCCUACCCCGGUCUCCUUCCCCCAACCUCUUCAAAAUCAUCCUCAGGCCCCUAUUUGCUGGACGCUCCCCGCAUCCUCCUCUCGUCCCAACCCCCUUUCCCCACUUCCCCCCCCUCCCUUCCCCUACCCCCCCUAAUUAUCCCCUGCAGGCCCCUAACCGCUGGAAGCAGCGCCUCUCCCCGUCCUCUCCCGUUCCCCCCUUCUCCCCACUCUUCCCCCGCUCCUUCAACCCCCUUCACCCCCUCUCCCCACAAACCCUGCUCUGGGCCCUAACCGCUGGAAGCAGCGCCUCUCCCUUUCCCUUUCCCAUUCCAGCCCUCUUUCCGCCACUCCCCCCCCCUUCUCUCGCCCUCAUUCUCUCCGCUUCCCCCCAAACACCCCCCUGCAGGCCCUCAACUGCUGGAAGCAGUGCCUCCCCCCUUCCAGCUUCCGACAGGCUUCCGCCCCGCUCUCCCCUCCUCCCGCCUUUCCCCCAAUCCCCCUUCCACCCCCUCCCUCAAUCUUUCCUUGCAUGCCCCUAUCUGCUGGGAGCAACGCCUCCCCCCUUCCAGCAACCCACAGCAUCUCCCCCGUUCCAGCAUCCCACAGGCUCCCACCCCGCUCUCCCCUCCCCCGAGCCAAGAAGCCAGGCUCGGGAGCCUCCUGUCUCUCCUCACAAUGUGUCUCCUUACAGUGUGUCUCAUUACAGUGUGUCCCCAUCUUGUCUGCCGCCUCCUCACAAUGUGUCUCCUUAUAGCGUGUCUCCUUAUAGCAUGCCUCCUCACAGCGUGUCUCCUUAUAGUGUCUCUCCUCACAGUGUCUCCCCGUAUAACGUGUCUCCUGCGAUGGUGUCUCCUUGCGGUGUGGAUGUGUGUGCAACGAUACUAGAGCCAAGUCCGGGGAGAGUCGCACACACAGCAACACAUAGAGAAAGGAGCAUAAGCAGCCCUGGGGAGGAGGACAGUGUGGGGGCGAGGCGAGGGGAGGGUGUGGACGUCCGUGCAACGUCAUUAGCGCCGAGUCCGGGGAAGCAACACGCAGCAACGAGAAGAGAAAGGAGCAGGAGCAGCUCUGGGGAGGAGGAGAGUGUGGGGAUGAUGAGGCGAGGGGAGAGCGGUGUUGGUUCUUCUGCUGCUGCUACUACUGCUGCUGCUGCUGAUAUGGGAGAUGGUGCCUGGAGGAGCAGACUCAGGAGCACUUCAGGGGAGGAGAGUGAGGGGAUGAGGCGGGGGAAGAGUGGUGGUAGUGGUGGCGGUGCUGCUGCUGCUGCUGCUGCUGCUGCUGCGGCUGCUGCUGCUGCGGCGGCUGCUGAUGUGGGAGAUGGUACCUGGAGGAGCAGAAGCAGGAGCACUUCAGGGGAGGAGGAAAGUGAAGGCACGAGGCUAAGGGAGAGUGGGGGGGUAGGCACAGGACGCAGAGCAACGCUUAGAGAAAGGAGCAGGAGCAUAGGCAGCUCUGGGGAGGAGGAGAGUGAAGGUGCGAGGCUAAGGGAGAGUGGGGGGAUAGGCACAGGAGAGAGUGUGAGGACGAGACGAGGUGAGGGGCUGCGAGGGCAGGAUGAGGCGAGGGGUGUUGCAGGGAUGGGAGGAUCGGGGGGUGAGAAGAGGAUGGGAGGGAUGGGGAUGAGAGUGAGAAGCGGGUCCGAGCUGGAUAGAAUGGGCGAGGGGAAGGUUGUGGAGAUGAGACGAGCAGAGACACUGCGAGGGGAGGGUGUGAGGAGUGGUGAGAGGAGGAUGGGAGGUGAGAGUGGGAAAGGGGUUGGGAGAGGAAUGGAAGGUGCGAGAGGGGUGGAGGGUGGAAAAGGGGGUGGUGCGAGAGGGGUUGGGGGUAUGAGAGUGAGAGCAAGGAGUGGUUCUGAACUGAGUGAGAUGGGCAAGGGGGGUGCGGAGGAAAGAUAUGAGGAGCGAGUUGUGGGUCCGAUGGUGGGUGGGGAGGAGCAGCAGCAGCAUGCAGGUGUGGCGAUGCGACGAGUGGAGACCAUGUGGGGGGAGGGUGUGAUGGGUGGUGCAAGUAGUGGGGGUGCAGCAGGUGGGGAGCAGCAGCACGAUGCUGUGGUGAUGCGACGAGUGGAGACCAUGAGAGGGCGAGUCGAGCAAGUGCAGGUAACGCGGGGGGAGCAGCAGACGACGCAACAGGGACAGCAGCAGGGGCAGCAGCAGGGGCAGCAGAAGGGGCAGAAAGGGCAGCAAGUUGCAGUGCAUACCGGCCCAAGGCUGAAAGGCAGUACACCUGCUGCUGGUGCUGCUGCUGCUAGUGCUGCUGCUGGUGCUGCUGCUGGUGCUGGUGGUGCUGCUGCUGCAGGUGUUGCUGCUGCUGGUGCUGCCACUGCUGCCGAGAGAAAGGGAAGUGGGCGAAGCUAUCAAAUGCGGCGAUCCCGAACCUCCUCUAAUCAGAGGCUCGGCUCUUCGCCACCCUCCCCUGGGAAAGGAGUUUUGGUUCGGGAGUUGGGUGGUGCGGGAGAGGUGCAAGCAGGGGAGCUGACGCGAGCAGAGACAACGAGAGGGAGGAUGGAGCGAGGGAAGCAGCAGGGGCUGAUGCAGCAGCAGCAGCCACAGAAACAGCAGCAGCAACAGUCACAGUCACAAACGCAGCAGCAGCAGCAGAUGCAAGCGCAGUCAGACGAAAGCAGAAGCUCACCUUUCCGCACCAGCUCGGUUUUCGAGCCUCUCAAAACAGAAGCUGCCCGCAGCACUUCAGUUUUUGAGCCUCUCAAAACAGAAGCUGCCUGCAGCACUUCAGUUUUCGAGCCUCUCAAAACAGAAGCUGCCAGCAGUACGAGCACGAGGAGCAGAGGGCGGCACUGCAUGCGGCGAUCAAAAACCUCCUCCACGGAACGCCUCCUCUCCCGCUCCCUCUCGCCCUUAACAGACCAAUCCUGCACAGAGCAACCCUCAGCAGAACAACCCUUUUUAGGGACACCCUUUGCAAGCGCAGCUAAAGGGGGUGAGGCGAGGCAAGGAGGGAGCGUGAGGGAGCGGGGGCGGAAGAAGCGGCUGAAUGCGUGGGACGUGUUUGGGGAUGAGGAGGAUGUGAUUGGGCGGGAAGGGUGCGUGGUGGUGCAAUCAAGUGAUGCCAGUGCUGCUAGUGCUGGUGCGCGUGUGCUCAAUGCCAAGUGCUCCCCUCCUACGGGCUCCUCCCCUCCACUAGGUUUCGCUCCCAGCGUGUUUGAAAAAUUAGCGCCUGCCCGGAGUUUCACAUCUGCCCGGGAGGAGGAGGAGGAGGAGGAGGUUGACUCGAGUCCACCACUCGUGCGGUCAAAGCCUGAAAAGAGGGCGGCGGGGCGGAGAGGACGGGGACGUGAGGUUUCUGAGAAAUCUCAAAAGCCACCUGCAUCAAUCAGGGAUGUCAUAUCUGCAUGGGAGGAGGAGAGGGUUGACUCGGGUCAACCGCUGGUGCGAUCAAAAUCAGAUAGAAGGGGGAUUGCGCGUAGCGGAGGGGGGCGGGGGCAGGAUGGGCUGAUUUCUGAGUCAACUCAAAAGCGGGUGGGUGAGGGAAGAGGAGCGGGGCGAGAUGGGGUUGUGGGGAAGGGAGACGGGGGAUUGAGAGGAGACGAUGCUGUGGGAGGGAGAGAGGCGGUGGAGGGGACAGGGUUGCGCCGUGCUGUGAGUGUGCAAGGGGGGUUGGGUAGCCGUAUUGAGGCAUGGUCACAGCAGCAGAAGCAGCAGCAAAUGCAGAAGCAGAGACAGCAGCAGCAGCAACAGAGGCAGGAGGAAGAGGGGCAGCAGGAGGAAGGGCAGCAGCCAAGCAAUCGGGUGAGAUUACUGCUGCAGAGAUCAAUGAGUCGGAGGGAACGCGCAGCAGCGAAAGCCGCAGCACUAGAAGUGUUGUCAGCUGCUGCAGGAAGAGCCGCAGCAGAGGGAGAGAGAGAAACAGAUGCAGCCCCGACUGCAGAUAUGUUUGCUAAGAACACCGUUGAGGGGAGGGAGCAGAUGCAGCAGGGGGAGAGGCACAAGCAGCCUCAUAGACAGGCCUCUAUGCCUGCUCGCACGCCCAGAGGGACUAGUCUGAUGGAGAGAGAGUGGGCGAAAGGGGAGAUUGGCUCAACUCAACCCGUCAAGCCCAGGAGAAGUGAGGAUGGAGGGAAAGGGAGGAGGAAAGGGACGGGUGAAGCAGUCACACGAGGUGGAAUAGAGGAGGGGAGAGAGAGGGGAGUGGAAGGGGGAAGGGGGCAGGGGUCGCAGAGAGCAGCAGACGAGAAGCGGAGGCAGGGAGGGGGAGAGGAGGAGGGAGGGGAGAAGCAGCAGAGGGUGAGAGAGAAGGAGGCACUGAGGGAGAUGGAGAGGGAGAUUAGGGUUAUGCGGGAGAGAAGGGCGAGGGAGCGUGCUGCUGCGAGAAAAGCUGCCGAGAGCAAGACAGGUGUUGAGGGGGGGAGUGGGGGAGGUGUGGAGGGUGGGGGAAGGGAGAAGGAAGAUGGAAAGGGUAGGGAGGUUGGAGGGGGGAGUGAGUGUGGAGGAGAGCAACGAGGGUUAGAGAGGAGGAGCAAGAGUGUAGGAGAGGGUAGGCUGAGAGCAAGAGGGGUGGUAUGUGAGGGAAUAGAGGAGGCGGAUUUAGAAGAGGAGGACGAUGUACCUAGCUACCCCCCUUUGAGUCGCAGCCGCACUCAACCCAGUCGCUUGCCUUCUAACCCAUGCACACCGCGUUACACCCACCUCCCUCCCUUCUCACCACAUCCCUCCCUUGCCCCCUUGUCCCUUGCCGAACCUGGCCCCGAACCUGUUUUCCAAACUGCUUACCACUUCGACCUGGUCCAACCGCUCUCUCCAGACCCACAGGUCUGGGAGGAGCCCGAGGCUGAAACCGAACCUGAGAACGACCCCCGAGCCAAGCGCCGAGGCUUCCGAGACAGGCUGUUCGGCCGAAGCUCGAGCGGAGGUCGGGACAAACUCGCAGAGGCGGACAGGGAAGUGAGGGUGCUGAAGGCUCAUGCUGGGAGGAAGGGGACUCAUGGAGGGAGUGUGGGGGGUUUGGAAAGCCGAAACAGCCUGUUUGGGCGAGAAGGGUCGUAUGGGCAAGACGGGGCGUAUGGGCAAGACGGGGCGUAUGGGCAAGACGGCUUGUUUGGACGGGAUGGGUCGUAUGGGAGGGAGGGUGCAUUGGGCCUGGAUGGCAGUGGUGGGAGAAUGAGCAGAGACGGGUCUCUGAACGAGCAUGCUGCCGUGAUGAGCCGAGAUGCUUUGUUCGCUCGGGACGGGCAAGGCGAGAACGCUUCUGGUGGGGUUGGUGGUGCUGACAUGCAGGUUGAGUGCGGUACUGAGGGUAGCAGUGCGGUUCCUUUCUUGCCACAGGUGAAGCACCAAGCAGAGGCAUACACAGAGAGUGGCGGCAGUGGCACCAGCAGCGGCGGCGGCCACAAAGGGGGUCGCUUUUCCCUGAGAAGACACCUGCAGCGGCUCAAAAGCGGCGAGGCUAAGGCUCCGGUUAACUCUCCAUUACCCCGGGUAGUUGACUCGCUGUUUGAUUUUGCCCCUGACGAGGCUGCAGGUGUUUCCUCCCCUACGCUCUCCUCCUCCCCUUCCCUCUCCUCUUCCUGGGCUGGUAUGUUCUCCCGAACCCAGACUGGGAGCCGCCUGUCAGGUUCGGUAAGCAGCUGGGUCCGAAGCAGCUGGGGAGGCUCGGGAAGGGGGAGUAGGGAUGGGGAUGGGUUGAGCGAAGUUGCCUCCGCUGCUGUUGCCACUGCUGCUAGUGGUGGUGGUGGUUGCGCUUCUGCUUUUGACAGUAAUGGGUACGGCGACAUUGGUGUUGUGCCUAUGCGGAGGAGCAAAACGGAUGGGAGGAGGGACUAUAUCGAGAAAGGAGUGAUCCCUGUCAGCAUGAGCGAGAGCAUGAGUUUUGCAGAGAACGAGCUCGUGAAUGUGAUGCGACGGGGGGGUGUGAAAGGGAUGAUGGAAGGGAUGGAUAGGAUGGGGGGGGUGGAGGUAGGAGAGGAAGAUGUGGAUGUGGAAGGGGUAUAUGAAGCAGCACGGUUUGUCCCUCUCAAGGUGCCCAAGUCCCCUUCCUGGGCCAGUGAGAUGGACAUGUGGGCAACGGGGGGGCGAUAG